UUCUACUCUCCUCUCUGUCCCAACCCCCCCCCCCCCCUUACACACACACACACACAUUUAUUUUUCUUGUUCUACAAGCUUGGUUCAUGUUCAACAAUGGCAGAAAUUGUGGUGGUAGAGCCCAGCAUUGCAAGCACCAGCAAUACUAAUCAAAAUAAUAACAAUGAGACGAAACCGUUUUACACGAUUACUUCUGGGCGUGAUUAUGUUCCUGAGCCAUUUGAUUCUGAGAAACUGCCUGUCACUUUGAAAUCAGAAAUUCAAAGGUUCCUUCGUGUCGCCAAUCUGAUCGAUGCCCAAGAGCCUCGUGUUGCUUGUUUAUGCCGGUUUCAUGCUUUUGUAGUUGCACAUGACUUGGAUCGUAAUUCGAGUGGGCGUGGAGUUCGACAAUUCAAGACUGCUCUUCUUCAGAGACUUGAACAGGAUGAAGAAGUUACUUACAGAAAAAGGAAGGAAAAAAGUGAUGUACGUGAAGUCAGGCGUGUUUAUCGUAAAUACAAAGAAUAUAUAUUGAAACAUGGUGGAGAAAGUGGUUUGGGGAACAGGGACUCUUUGAAUAGAGCUCGGCAGAUCGUUGAUGUAUUAUAUGAAGUGUUGAAUACACUUUCUAAGGCUGCUGGUACACAGGCCCAUGCUGAUAAUGAUGUUAAAAGAUCUGAAUUCUAUGAUUAUAACAUUCUUCCCCUUUAUCAAGGAGGCGUUCAUCAUGCAAUAAUGCAACUACCAGAGAUUAAAGCUGCAAUUGCUGCUGUUCGUAACGUUGAGGGUAUACCUUUCAUUGAAGAAUUCACCAAACACGCGCCUCAUUUUGACCUGUUUGACUGGCUCCAGCAUUGUUUUCGGUUUCAGCAAGGAAAUGUUGCUAACCAGAGGGAGCAUUUGAUUCUACUUCUUGCAAAUGUCCAUAUUAGAAGGAGUAAUAAACCAACUAAUACAUCUAAGUUAGCAGACGGCGCUUUAGACGACCUGAUGAAGAAAUUCUUCAAGAAUUAUACGGAAUGGUGCAAAUUCUUAGAGAAGAAAAACAGCAUAAGGUUGCCAUUUUCAGAACCAGAAGCACAACAAUAUAAACUUUUGUAUAUAGGACUCUAUCUUCUUAUAUGGGGCGAGGCUGCUAAUUUACGGUUCAUGCCAGAAUGUCUUGCUUAUAUUUUUCAUCAUAUGGCACAUGACUUGCAUAGCAUGUUAAUGGGAGCUACCAUUCUAUCUGCCGGUGAAAGUUUCAUGCCAGCAUAUGGUGGAGGUCCCGAAGCUUUUCUUAAUGACGUUGUCACCCCAAUAUAUAAUGUUAUUCAGAAGGAAGCUUUGAAAAACCAAAAUGGGAUGACUGAUUAUUCAACAUGGAGAAACUACGACGAUUUGAAUGAGUUCUUCUGGUCUCCUGAAUGUUUCCAACUAGGCUGGCCUAUGGAUACGAAACAUGACUACUUUUAUGUACAGUCCCCUGAGGAUACUAAAAGCAAAAAAAAUAAAGGCUCAGAUAAACUUAAGACAGACAAAAGAAAAGAAAAUAAUGAUGAAGAAGUGCAGCUCAAAGAAGACGAUGAGUCUAACGUGGAAGAAAAAAAGGAGCAAACAUGGUUGGGAAAAACAAACUUUGUAGAAUUCCGCUCAUUUUGGCAUGUUUUCAGAAGCUUUGAUAGAAUGUGGGCGUUUCUUAUUCUAUCUUUACAGGCAAUGAUAAUUAUGGCAUGUCAUGAUCUCGAAUCGCCAUUACAAAUGUUUGAUACACCCAUACUCGAAGAUAUUAUGAGCAUCUUCAUCACAUCAGCAGUUCUUAAACUAGUUCAAGCUGUUCUUGAUAUUGUAUUCACAUGGAAGGCUAGAUCGACAAUGGACAACACUAGAACCCGAAAACAUGCGUUGAAGGUGGUCAUUGCAAUGAUAUGGACCAUCAUGUUGCCUAUAUUUUAUUCCAAAACUAGAAGAAAGUACACUUGUAAUUCACCAAAUUAUGGAAGCUGGUUUGGAGAGUGGUGUUAUUCAUCGUAUAUGCUUGUCGUUGCAUUCUACUUGAUGUCGAAUGCCGUCAAUAUGAUCCUUUUUUCGGUUCCCGCAAUUGGAAGAUACAUCGAGACCUCAAAUUCCAGGAUAUCUUCACUUUUAUCUUGGUGGACUCAGCCUAGAUUAUACGUGGGACGCGGAAUGCAAGAGUCACAAUACUCCCUUUUGAAGUACAGUUUAUUCUGGGUAUUGUUGUUGUUAAGCAAAUUGGCAUUUAGCUACACCUUUGAGAUAAAACCACUCAUACAACCAACACGAGAAAUUAUGCGAAUUGGGAUUUCAAAGUAUGACUGGCGUGAGCUUUUCCCAAGAGUGAAGAACAAUGCUGGUGCAAUUGCUGCCAUUUGGGCUCCAGUCAUUAUGGUUUAUUUCAUGGACACCCAGAUUUGGUAUUCUAUUUUCUGUGCUAUCUUUGGAGGACUCUAUGGAAUCUUGCAUCAUCUUGGAGAGAUUCGCACACUAGGUAUGAUGAGGGAUAGAUUUCAAGAUUUACCUUUGGCCUUCAUGAAUUCUCUUAUCCCACAUCCUACGAAAACUGAUAAACAUCUAAACAGGAAAUCAUUCUUGAAAGAGAUGUUUCAAAAGGUGUCUGAGAAGCAAAUGAGGAACGGUCUAGUUAAGUUUACCGUCGUAUGGAAUGAAAUUAUCAAAAGCUUCCGGGAGGAGGAUCUCAUAAGUAAUAGAGAGGUUGAGUUGAUGAAGAUGCCGUUAUCAUCCGAAUUACUUUCUGGCCUCGUUCGAUGGCCUGUUUUCCUCCUAGCACAUCAGUUGCCAUUGGCCUUAAGUAUUGCAAAGGACUUUGUGGGUGAAGAUGCAAGUCUUUUUAAAAGAAUAAGAAGAGAUGUGUACAUGUCUAUCACCGUACAAGAGUGUUACGAUUCACUGAAAUACAUUCUUGAUAUACUAGUUGUCGGAGAUCUUGAGAGAAGAGUCAUAUCCGGGAUAGUAGAUGAGAUCGAAGAAAGCAUUAGGAGAUCAACCUUUGUUAAAGAUUUCAAUCUAAGUGAGCUUCUUGCUCUACAUACUAAAUGCAUUGAUUUGGUUGAACUUCUGGUUGAAGGCAACGAGGAACAUUAUACUAAAGUUGUGAAAGUGCUGCAAGAUAUUCUUGAAAUCGUCACAACUGAAAUGAUGAGAAACGGAUCCAGAACUGUGGAGGCAGUCAACGGUUACCAACAAACCGAUGGAUGUUUAAAGACAUAUUUUGAUGACGUUGAGCCCGACCCACAACUAUUUGCAUCAAGGCAUUCUAUCCAUUUCCCGUUGCCAGAUAGUGAUUCUAUUAAUGAGAAGAUAAAGCGUUUCCUUUUGCUGCUUACUGUCAAAGAUACAGCAAUGGACAUACCUUCAAACCUUGACGCACGUAUGCGGUUAUCCUUUUUUGCAACUUCCCUAUUCAUGGAUAUACCCCGAGCCCCCAAAGUGCGCAACAUGUUGUCUUUCAGUGUUUUAACUCCACAUCUAAUGGAAGAAGUUAAAUUCUCAACAAAGGAGCUGUAUGCAAGCGAUGAUAAUUGUUCCAUCGACCUUUACAUGAAGAAUAUAUUUCCAGAUGACUUGGUACACUUCUUGGAAAGAAUGGGGGUUGAAAACCUAGAGGAUCUAGAUCCUCAUGGCAAGGAGCAGCUGCGAGAUUGGGCUUCGUUUCGUGCACAGACUCUAAGCAGGACCGUCCGUGGAAUGAUGUACUAUCACAAAGCCUUAAAGCUGCAAGCAUUUCUUGACAUGGCUGAAGAUGAUGAUAUUCUUCAAGGCUACGAUGCAAUUGAGAGGGGGAAUGAUACAUUAUCCGCUCAGCUUGAUGCACUAGCUGACUUGAAGUUCACACAUGUCGUCUCUUGUCAGAUGUUUGGGACACAGAAAACGUCUGGCGACCCUCAGGCACAAGAAAUCCUUGAACUUAUGAUAAGAUAUCCUUCGUUACGCGUAGCUUACGUUGAAGAAAGGGAUGAUCCAAACGAUGUAACCAGAAAAAUUUAUUUUUCUGUAUUAGUCAAAGCAGUCAAUGGUUUCGACCAGGAGAUAUAUCGUGUGAAGCUUCCGGGCUCACCGAAUAUUGGAGAAGGAAAACCCGAGAAUCAAAAUCAUGCUAUAAUCUUUACUCGUGGUGAAGCGCUACAAGCAAUUGAUAUGAAUCAAGAUAACUAUCUGGAAGAGGCAAUUAAAAUGAGAAAUCUCCUACAAGAAUUUCUUCCACGACUCGGAAAGCGUCCUAAAAUACUUGGUUUAAGGGAACACAUAUUCACCGGAAGUGUUUCUUGUUUAGCAUGGUUCAUGUCUUACCAGGAGUCUAGUUUUGUCACCAUUGGUCAACGGCUUCUAGCCAACCCGCUCAGGAUUCGGUUCCAUUAUGGGCAUCCAGAUCUUUUCGACAGAAUCUUUCACCUAACAAGAGGCGGCAUAAGCAAAGCUUCAAAGACUAUUAACUUAAGUGAAGACAUUUUUGCAGGAUAUAAUACUACAUUGAGACGAGGACAUAUUACAUACCACGAGUAUAUACAAGUUGGUAAAGGUCGUGACGUAAGCCUGAAUCAGAUCUCAAAGUUUGAAGCCAAGGUAGCAAACGGAAACAGUGAACAGAUUCUUAGCCGUGACAUCUACAGGCUCGGCCGCCGCUUUGACUUUUUCCGCAUGCUUUCUUGUUACUUCACAACAGUUGGUUUCUACUUCAGCAGCCUGAUAUCAGUGAUGGGAAUCUACGUGUUUUUAUACGGGCAGCUUUACCUCGUACUAAGUGGUUUAGAAAAAGCGUUACUUCUCGAGGCGAAAGUGCACAACAUACAGUCGAUAGAGACAGCAUUAGCAUCACAGUCGUUUAUUCAGCUCGGGUUAUUAACAGGGCUACCAAUGGUAAUGGAAAUAGCACUCGAAAAAGGGUUUCUCAACGCGCUAAAAGAUUUUGUUCUCAUGCAGCUACAUUUUGCUGCAGUUUUCUUCACAUUCUCACUGGGUACAAAGACCCAUUAUUUCGGUCGAACCAUACUGCAUGGUGGCGCCAAAUACCGACCCACAGGGAGAAAAGUUGUGGUGUUCCACGCGAGUUUUACUGAAAACUAUAGAUUAUACUCACGAAGUCAUUUCAUGAAAGGAUUCGAGUUACUUUUGCUUCUAAUCGUUCACGAUAUCAUCAGGCGGGCAUAUAAAAACCACAUGACUUAUGUUCUCAUCACAUGUGCCAUUUGGUUCUUAUCGUUGACUUGGUUGUUCGCUCCAUUUUUGUUUAAUCCUUCGGGUUUUGACUGGAGUAAGAUCGUUGAUGACUGGAAAGAUUGGAACAAAUGGAUAAAACAACAGGGUGGUAUCGGGAUUCAGCAAGACAAGAGCUGGCAGUCUUGGUGGUACGAUGAACAAGAACACCUACGUCAUUCGGGCUGGGGCUCUCGGCUCAUUGAGAUACUUCUUUCUUUGCGGUUUUUUAUCUACCAAUAUGGCCUUGUCUAUCAUCUUGAUAUUGCUGGCACAAAUAAAACGGUUGCGGUUUAUGUCCUCUCUUGGGUUGUUAUCGUCAUGAUUCUUGUUUUGAUCAAGGUUGUAAAUGUGGGCAGGAACUAUCUCAGUGAUAAUCAUCAGCUUUCCUUCAGGCUAUUCAAAGCUUCUCUUUUCCUGUCUGUAAUAGCAACCAUAAUCACUCUUUCAUACAUCUGUCAAUUAUCCGUAACCGAUUUGAUCGUCUGCUGUCUCGCCUUUCUACCCACCGGCUGGGGCCUCAUACUUGUUGGACAAGCGUUCAGGCCGUUGAUUCAAGGCACGGUUCUCUGGAAGUUCACGCGGCUUUUUGCGCAAGCGUAUGAUUAUGGAAUGGGCGUCAUUCUUUUCACGCCGAUCGCUUGUUUGGCAUGGCUUCCGAUUGUUGAAACUUUUCAGACACAGUUUCUGUUCAACCCAGCUUUCAGUAGGAGAUUGCAGAUUAAACCGAUUCUUAAAUCCAAAAAGAAACACAUAUAGGCAUAUAGCUUUUUCCUGCAUUCAAAAUUCUGUGUACAUAUUCCAUAUAACUAGUGUAGUGCACAUAAAAACCAUUUUUUGUGGUUUAAGUCAUAAGUAUAUUACAGGAACCAAUGAAACUCUUUAUUUCAAAAUCC